UUCUUUAUUCUCGCUGUAACUGUGCUGUGCAAACGGCUGCAUUUUCAAGGACGCGUUUCCCUUGGCGGAGCUGCACUGUCGCUCUCCACACGCGUAAGUGGCAAGAAAAACAUUUCAGCACUGGAGCUGUCCGCGUAAGCGUUUUGACUGACUCUUGUCACUCUUAUCACGGAUAGGUAAUUCAUGUCACAUUUGCAGUAUAGAUUUGUGAAAUCCAGGCUAUUUGAGUAGGCUAAACGUGCACUUUUCAUUCAAGCGAAGCCUUGCAAUGCUGGGUAGCUGUUCGUGAGACACAAGGAAAAAGAAAGUCUCAAGUCGCGGUGGAGAGUUGUCCGAUUUUAUCUCAGUCAUGGGAGUGCUCAUGUCCAAGAAGCAGCAGGUGCAGAAAUGCACCUCGGUCGUCUCUGCCUUUCAGCAGGGCUUGAAGGAACGCGCUCCAUCCACAACAAACCAGGGGGAAAGAUCUGGAGAGGAAGGAGAGGGGCCGGCUGAAGCCUUGCCACCACUAAACCCGAAGAAGGAGGGGGAUCACGGGGAGACAGACAGCAAAGUGGGGCCCUCAGGGACCUCCCAGCAAGCUGCUGCUCCGGCACCCACCAGGGACGAGUGUAAGGUCAACCAGGAGGCCUGGAAUAGGUUACGGGACGGGAAGGGGGUGGAGCCUGAGGAUCUGGACAAGACCGGCCAUCAGCUCACCCCACCUGCCUUUGUACGUCCCAAGAGAGAUGCCAAUGAUGACCAGCCUGUAGAAAUAGCACUGGGACAAAGAGAGCAGCCGGUCAAUGAUGAGAUGUGCGAGGUGUGUGAGGUGUGGACGGCCGACGACCUGUUCCCCUGCAGGACCUGCACACGUGUCUUCCAUGACGGCUGUCUGAGGGAGUUGGGCUACCUGCGCACCGAACUCCUGCAGGAGAUGAGGGAGACAGCCCACACCGCGACAGGCUGGAGUUGCUACUACUGCGACAAUGUGAACCUGCUUCUGACUGAAGAGGAGAUGUACAGCCUAAUGGAAACCUUCAAGCAGUGCAAGAUCAUCCCUGAGUCGUGCCUGGUGUCGGAUGAGCUGCUGCAGUACCGCCACUUUGUGUCCAAGCAACUGUUUGAGAAGGACCUGUCUGAUGAGCAGGAAGAGGAGGUACUGGCUCAGUUCGCUGCCCUGGACCCAGAGAAGAGGGGCCAGAUUGAGUGGUGUGACUUCCUCUACCACGAGUCCCUGGGAGUGCUCAGGAAGUUCCGCACAGAGAACUCGUUGGUGCGUCUGUUAAGCGCUAAGGAGAGAGACCACGUGCGGUCAGUGUUCAUGGGUUUGGACCUGGAUAAAGACUUUCUGGUCACGGGAGCAGAGACCCGCUGGGCCCAGCAGUCCUGGUUUCAGAAGUUCAGCAAGGAGUCCCAGUCCUGCAGCGUGAGACUCAUUGGAUUGUGUUCUCCUGUGAAUUGUGGUAUUAGCCAUGUUGGCCCCAUAUCUGAGAGCAGUCCAGCCAGCUCCAGCAGUGAGAGAAGCAGUCAGAAAGAUGACAACAGACUAGUGAGCUGGGAAGACUUCCUGAGGGAGAGUGCCAUCUACAUCCUGGCUGCACGGCCCAACAGCUCGGCCAUGCACAUCCGCCUACCACUAUAGCCCCAGAGACCUCACCCUGCCUGGGAGAGCAGAUACCAUGGCACUGUAGGGGACAAACCUAAGCCCACCAGAGGAAUACUGCACCACUCGGAGACUGGACAGGACAGAACAGAACAAGCCAUCAACAGAUCUCCUGCUUCACACCAUAGAUCAAUGACCAACUGACACCACCAAUCAAUGACCUACAAGUACAUACUGACGGUAAAAUUACAAA